AUGUCGUCCGCCGAUUUCGCUGCCGCCCAGCAGCGCCUGCAACAACGCCGCCAGCAGCGCGAACGCGACUACCGCGCCCGCGUCCAAGCCCAGCGCAAUGCCCACCACCAGCAACGCAUCCAAAGCCUGCCAUACCCGCUCAGCCGACUGGGCGGCGCCGGCCUGACCCUCUGGGACGCGAUCAAGGGCCGCGACGGCACCCAGCCCGCCUUCCGCGUCGGCCAAGUCGACGCCGAAUUGCUCGACGAAGAGCUUCUCGAGCUGCUCAAGGGCCAAGUCGGCGAGGCAUUGAAGUACUUUGGCUCCCACCUCACCGACGACCACAAGCCCGAAAUCCUCCUCGCCCUCCGCCUCAUCCUCUUCAAGCUCUCCAUCUGGGACCACAACGCCUCCUACGGCGCCGCCCUCCAAGGCCUCCGCUACACCGACGCCCGCGCCGGCGGCGCCGCCUCCCUCCCGCCUCCCCAGCCCUGGCAAAAAGCCUCCCACGGCCUCCUCACCAUCGGCGGCCGCUACGCCUGGACAAAAUGGGAAGCCUGGCUCAGCACCCGCUCGCACUCCGACCCACCACCAUCCCCAUCCCCCCACACCAACACCACAACCCCAUCCCCAUCCCGCCAAUCCCUCCUCCCCCUCGCCGCCCGCCUCACCUCCGCCCUCAGCACCGCCCACUCCUUCGCCGCCCUCGCCUCCUUCCUCGUCUUCCUCGCCAACGGCCGCUACCGCACCCUCGCCGACCGCCUGCUGCGCCUGCGCCUCGCGCCCGCGACGGCAGCCGGCGUGGCGCGCGAGGUCUCGUUUGAGUAUCUCAACCGCCAGCUCGUGUGGCAUGCGUUUACCGAGUUUUUGCUGUUCCUGCUGCCGCUGGUGGGGGUGGCGCGGUGGCGGCGGAUGGGGGCGAGGGCGUGGAGGAGGGGGAGGGGGUGGGUCAGGGGGUUGGUUGGGUGGGGUGGGGGUGGAUCUGGUGGGGAUGAGGGGGAUGGGGAGGAUGGGGAGGGGGGGAAGGGUGGGGAGUUGGGGUUUUUGCCGGAGAGGACGUGCGCGGUUUGUUAUGCGGAGCAGAAUUUGGGAGGAGGGGGGGAGCAGCAGCAGCAGGCGUUGUUGGGGCAGCAGGCGGGGGGGAGCGGUGUCGUCGGGAGCGCGGCGACGGACGUGACGAAUCCGUAUCAGGCGGUGCCGUGUGGGUGUGUUUAUUGCUUCGUGUGCUUGGCGCAGAAGAUCGAGGCGGAGGAGGGCGAGGGGUGGACGUGUCUGCGGUGCGGCGAGGUUGUGACGGCGUGUCGGCCGUGGGACGGCGAUGUCAUCGUCGAGCACCAGGGGCAGCAGCAGCAGCAAGGAGGAGGUGGAGAGGCUGGCGGCCGUCCUGCGUCCUCGGGGUCUGGGAAUGGCGGGAAGAGCGUCGGCUUUGCGGCUACUGCGGACGACGAGAAGAGGAGCCUCAGGCAGCUCAGUCCGGCGCCGACGCUCGAUGAGAGGGAGCGCGAGGUCGGCGGGACGCUGUCGGCUGAUGCCGAGACGGAGCAGAGUCUGCUUGGCAGCAGGGCGCUGACGGAGAGCGAGGAGUGGGCGAGGGCGAGCAGGAUCGUCGAGGAUGAUGAAGAUAGCGGAGAGAGUGUUAGCGGGACUAGCAACGGCAGCGAGGAUGAGCAGAGUGAGGAGAUUGACGAGGAGGAGGAUGAGAUUGAGUUCGACGAAUGA